GUAUCUGCAGUCGCGUCAGGCGCCCACGUGUAUUUUUUGCGUCAUAGUAAUAACAAUAUUAUAAUAUACCUGCAGUGUGUACAUACUAUAACAUUGUUAUGGUAUAGGUACAAUACGGUGCAGGGACUUUACGUAGUAUUGUGUGUUAUAUAAUGUGUGUUGAAAUCUCGUGAAACCAAAUAUUUUAUACGGAUUAAACGUCGUCGUGUAACACUUGCUCAUCUACUAGCCGUAUAUUAACAAUAAUAAUUUUCGGGGUCGUUAAAAUAAUAUGUGUUUGUACUCGACAGAAUCCGCAUAAUAAUAGACGCACGAGAUCAACGUUCUUCCGCGAUCCCGUCGAACUAUGCGAUGCCGAAAUCUUAUAAUAAUAAUUACUCACGGAAAAAUCGUACACAUUAAUACCACCAACCGCCAUCAUUAUUAAAGUGUUUUUUGUCACGAUCGUAUAUAAAAUACAUUUAACAUAAAAUGUAUAAUUUUCUCAUGUAACACGCCACACACAUUACAUUAUAACAACUUGGGCCGAUCGUUGUCGUGUCCAACAAGGUCGCUAUUAUUGAAGAUCAAGGUCCGCGACGUUGGAAUUAUAUUAUAAUAUAUAUUAUGCUUUAUUAAAACUCUUUUAUUAUUUCUUUGUUUUUUUUUGUUUUAUUUCUCGUUUUUUUUUUUUUAACAAAGGGGUUGUCCGUGAACUUCACGAGUAUUUGCAUUUCCCCGUAUUUUUUGUCGUUUUUUUGUUGUUUUAACAUAAAAGUAAUAUCCAGACGCCGUUUGCCAUGACGUCGACACUGUACAAUAAGAUUGGACUUAUACCCAAACAGAAACCGAUUAAAGUAAUGAUCAUGGGACAACCCGGCGUAGGGAAAACUGCACUAUUGGUGCGAUUCGUGACGAAAAAGUUCAUUGGUGAUUACGAUCCCAACCUAGAAAAAAUGUACACAUACCAAGUGUCCAUGGAAUCGGAAAUGGUUAACUUUGAGAUAUUAGACACCGCUGGAUACGUACAAGACAAAUCUUGCAACUUGGAAAUGAACAUGCGCUGGGCUGACGUGUUCAUACUGGUAUACUCCAUUACGGAUAAAUGUUCGUUUGACGAUUGCAGUAGGCUCAAGUUUUUGAUUAACUACAAUAAAAAGAAACGUCGUCUUUCCACUAAAGUAAGAAAUAUGUGAAACCAUUUGAGCCACAUAUGAAAUUAUGAUAUAAUAUAAUAAUAUGAUAGCAUCUU